GCAAAGAAAUUAUAAUAAUAUUAUAAUAGGUGUAAACAGUGCAAAUUAUAUAAAAUAAUAAUGACAGCAGUUAAACAAAAUAUGAAACGAUCUAAAUGGGCUUUGGAUUUUGCUCACAAAAGUAAACAAGAGAAAAAUAUGGAUAUUGCUUCACCACCAGGUUAUACACCUGCUGUUGCUUUAUUUCAUGCUGCUGAUUCAAUUAGAGAAUCAGAUUCUAAUCAUUUGAUAAUUAAGAAAUCAUGGGAUUUAGCCAUAGGACCAAUGAAACAAAUUCCAAUGAAUUUAUUUAUAAUGUAUAUGGCGGGUAAUUCUAUAUCAAUAUUUCCUAUUAUGAUGGUUAGUAUGUUAAUCAUUAGACCAGUGAAAGCAUUAUUUACUCUUCAGCAAACAUUUAAAGUAAUAGAAGGAACUCAUGCUUUUGGGCAGAAGUUUGUGUAUUUUUUGGGGCAAUUGAUAAAUAUUGCAUUAGCAUUAUACAAGUGUCAAUCAAUGGGAUUACUCCCAACACAUGCAUCUGAUUGGUUAGCAUUUGUAGAACCACAAGCACGCUUGGAAUACUCUGGUGGUGGAUGUAUAUAUGUAUGA